AUGGACAAUCACGACAAUAACCACAACCACCACUCCAAAUAUCAAAAGAAGGCCUAUCUGCACUGCCAACCGCAUUGGGAGCAGCCUGUGACUGAACAGCUUGAUAAGGCUGUAGUUUAUCUGGUUAAAGCAAUCACCUUUGCGAAAGAAAACCCAAGAUACCACUUUUUGGUCUACAAUGCUUCAGUGCUUUACUGGCAGUUUUGUCGACCUUUUUUGAAGCCAAAUUAUAGGCGUUAUCUUGCCCAAAGUUUACACCAAGUGGUGAAAGCAUUGGAUGACAUUGAUGACAAGGACUUUGAGUGGAGGGCACAAUUGAUGAUAGCUCUGAUAGAAUGCCACAUAGAUGCUGGCCGCCAGUCUGAUGCCUCUAUGGUAGCAAGUGCAGCUGCUACUUUCAUCAGACAGAAUGUGCCAGGACUUUUUAAGGAGUUUUUUGGCUUGGCUAUCAAACACCAACUUGUUGAGACUGUGAAGUUUCAUAAAGACAUCAAAGCAUCUCCUGAAUUGUCCAUUUACUACAGAAUAAUCCGGCUGAAAAUGAAUGUUGAGAAUAAAGACCCAGAUGUAGAUGCACCACUUGAACUGAGAAAGAUUCUGAGUCUUUGCAUGGGAAAAGAUGACAGGUUGAUAUCUGCUGACACAAAGAGUGGAAAGAGGCCUAUCACACCGAAAAAGGACCGUGAAGACAGUGGUGGCAGUGAUAUAGCAGAUGUAGAUGAGGAACCUGACAGACGACCUAGCAUGGCUGUGUCUAUGUCUCCUGCACCGUCUCAAGAUUUCCUUGCACCGCAUCCAACAUCUGGUCAUCGCCGACACAGUGUGGCAGUCACAUCACUUGGCAGUUUACCUGAGCACUUGACAAUGCAUGAAUCACAUAGCCUUUCAUAUUUAGGCAGUUUGAUUAAUUCACCAGAGCCGCGGAGUCCAAAAAGUCGUUCAGGAACUGCUAGAGCUCAGACUCCAACAAGUUUAAAGAUGCUUUCAGCUGAUAGUCCGGAGAAACCGUACUUGUUGUUAGAGCUAGCUCGUCUUUGCCUAGAGCUGCACCAGUCAGACUUGGCAGAACAGUGCGUAGAACACAUGAAGAGCUGUAUUGCCAAGGAUCAGGGGUUUUACUUGGAGACUGAAUUUGUUGAGUGUGAUCUGAUGGUGAAGAAACUGGGAGAUAAGCAGGAAACUUACCAGAAGGCAGCAGUGGAUGUUCGUUUGCAGGCAAUAAAGCGCUGUGAAGAAGCCCUGAUGAAUGCUUUACGGCUGGGCAACCCCAAUGUGAUCCAGGCUGGUUGUGUAACACAGUGGAACCUUUGUCUGCCUUUACUGCAGGCCAACCUCAGACAGCAUGUCAGGAAACCUCUCACAUUGGUGGCCACAUCACUGGAGGACAUUCAGAGUUUGUUGGUUCUGUUGCGCUGUCAGAUACACACUGAGCUGGCCAAGUGCGAGGAGGAUGAGGAACAGAUUGAGGUUGCUAUGGAACACCUGAGAAAGGCCCUUUCAUUGGAUGAUGGCAACAUUUACAAAGAGCGUUUAGAAGUGACCUUGCAUAGACUUCAGCUGAGGGCAGAACUGUACAAGCAGCCAGAGAGACCAGAGGACCAGGCUGCCAUGAUCAUAGAGCAGGCCAGGAAGUCAGAAACUGGCACUAUCAGGAUGAAGAGGUCACUCCUUGUUAGGGCUGGACAGGCUUUGGCUCCUGAUGCUUUCCUCUUGGUCCUUGAUAGUGAAAGUGAAACUAAAGAGGUGACAGAAUCCAAAGGAGUUCUGACAGUGUUUAAGAAGUUAGCUGGAAAAGCAAACAACUUCACUCACUGUGUCAAGAAAGCUAGUGGUCAUCUGAAAAGACUGGGAGAUGAGAAUGAUAGAGAGAGAGCCAGACUGUGGGGUGAUCUUGCCAAGGUGGCCAGGAAGCAAGAGGUGUGGGAUGUGUGUAGAGUGGCCUCCAGAUUCUGCCUUCUCUAUGAUGAUGGAAGAUGGAAAAUAGUUGAGGAAGUGGAGAGUCCCAGAAAGCCCAGGUCCAAGUCAGAGGCUAAGGCUGUGGCAGAGGGUCAGGAUGAGACAGGGGGAGAUGCGACCCCACAGCCCCCCAAGACACCAGUCAGCCGGCCAACAAGCCAGCCUGCUGAGGCAGGGUCUCUCCUCUAUGACAGGGACCUAGUGAGGAUGCUAGCUGAGGUCAACUUUAUCAUGGGAGAGGCUUUGAUCCACCUGUUGAGAACUGAGCAUGUAGAGCUUGGUGACAAGCCCAUACCACCUGAAGACAAGAGUAAGAGACCAAAGGGAUAUGUGCCCAAAAAGCCAGAGGAAGAUGAAGACUGGAUUGCUUACUGUGAUUGGAUCAAGGAGCUGUCCAAGGAUGGCACUGACCACUUCCUUAAGGCUGUCCAGCACGGCAUUCAGCUAAAGGAGCCAUGGAUAGUAUGCAGUGCUGCUGCCUAUGUGUGGAACUAUAACAACCACAGGCUGACUCAGAACAGACACAAUGAGGUCGUAGAGGAUCUGCAGACUGUACUGGAUGGCCUUAAGAAAAUUGGACAUGACAGUGAAACAAUCCUGUUGGUGUACAUCUGCUGUGCCUUGGCCUAUGGCUUAAUACAGCCCUGGCUUCCACCUCCACCUCCUAAAGAAGCAGUCCUGCCACCCCAGCCACAGAUCCCAAAGUCUGCGGAUGAAGGGGGGAAGAAAUCUGCCAAGAAAGCACGCCCACCACCCCCAGCAGCAGCAGUUGCAGCAGCCAAAGGAAAGCCAAUUCCCCAAGUCAACAUCAGCCCUGAUGCUGCCCCUGAUCUGAAGAAAGCUAUGGAAGUGAUCCAGUAUGCCAUGGAUGUGACUAAAGGCAAUGUUGCUGCAGAUAUAGUCCCCGUUGCUGUCAGAUACCCCAUGAUACAGCUCUGGGUACAGAUCAAACAGCUUCAGCAACAGGCUAUUCCCAAAACUCUUGGAACUGAUGAUGAGUCCAGCAUGGAAGGCCAGAAACCCAUGACAAGAGCCCAGGUUGCUUUGGAGAUGCUGUCUCUCAGCACUAAUGGUAUCUAUGAAUUCAAGGAUGCGACACCAUUGGCAGAGGUGGUAGGCAUGGUUGAGGCCUGUAAGUGGCCAGACAGGCUGAUAGAGCUGGUCAUCUGGACCAGACUGGCCCUGCUGGCUCAUGAGAUCAAGGACCACAAGCAUGUCAUCAAGUGUGCUAAGAAAGCAUUGGCAUUUGAGAAAAUGGGCACACAGCCAAAGGGAAGGAAACUAGAUAUGCACAAGUACAUGCUGGAGCAGGAAAUGCUGGCCUAUGCAAGCAGCAUCCUGGGUCAGAGCUACAUUGAGAAUAUGGUUGGCAAGAACUCCAUAAGGAGGGAAGCCAUGAACUGCUUCUUCUUGUCUGCACGGUUUGCUCGUAAUGCCAACAACUAUGACCUGGCUCUGAUAGCAGCUAAACACUACUGGAAUGCCAGCCUACCCCUGGUGAGCCAGCCAAUAGAGAGAGAGCUGAUUAAAGAGCCUCUGAGUUCUAUACUGCAGUGCCUCUCAGUCACCUCUGGGGAUAGGGGAAAGGAAAGAGAAAGACAGGAAAUGGAAAUGGAGAAAGAAAAGAGAGUAUGUAAUUGA